UCUUGACACGCAUACACCGGCACAACCCUGCCCCUAUCCCAAAGCGUCCAUACUCUUACUCCAUGAUAGGCUUGCCCUCUUCCUUAUUCCCGCUCUCACGGCUUUCGGCAUGCAUACCGCCUUCAUUUCCGCGCGUAGCCUCCAAUAAAACCAACGUUCGGUUGCACUCCCGCUUCUUGGCCAGCAUUUCCUUCUCUAUGUCUUCCACAUGCCGACUCAUACCCCGGAAAGCUUGCACCAUGAUGAGCGUCGUAUCAAUAGUAUCGAGAUGCGACCUAGCCAGCUUCAAUGCUUCCUGUAGAAUAGAGUCGUCGUUUGGUUUCGCGACUUCGAUGCUGGAAUCGGUGGAUGAUGAAUCGUUGUCUUCCUAGGCCCAUUAUCAGCAUUUCAGUUCUUCUCCUCCAAUGUUUGGAUAACGAGAUGCAGUAAAAGAUACCUGUUUUGCCACCACUUCCAUGGCUCCCUGCAUAUCCUCUGGUAACUGCUUUUCUGUAUCCCCAGCUUCCCGCCAAUAGGACGUCAAAGGCGUACUUUGUGGUCGCGGCGGCCGAUUCUGGUUCUCGCUUUCCACGUCCGAGUUUUCUUUUUGGCGAGCAUGCAUGAUGUCCAUCGAUUUCUUGUGGUAAAUGUUGCGAAACACCUGCUUUAAAAGGUUUUUGGGCGCCAUGAUUGUCGGGCGUAAUCCGGUACCGCGUAACAUGUGGCAAUCAUGUAUGU